AACCUGCCCGCUCCAGCACCCCUCACGCCGAAAUUUCAAAUCCUCCCUUUCUUCCCCAGAGCGGAGGACCAAUCGCCGACUCGCCGAGUCGCCGUCCGUGGUCCGUCCCCAAGCCGCCGCCCAUGGAGAAGAUCUCCGUCGCUGUCCGCUUCCGCCCGCCCAAGCCCUCCGCGGAGGCUGACACCACCUCCCCGUCGGGCGGCGGCGGCGGCGGAGACCGCGAGUGGCGCAUCGACGACACCCGGAUCUCCCUCCUCCACCGCACCGUCCCCGUCCCCGGCGCCUCCUUCGCCUUCGACCACGUGUUCGACGAAACGGCGACCAACGCGCGGAUCUACGGCCUGCUCGUCCGCUCCCUCAUCUGUGCCGCCGUUGAUGGCUUCAAUGGCACCGCCUUUGCCUAUGGCCAGACAAGCAGCGGCAAGACCUUCACCAUGAACGGCUCUGGUUCCCACCCAGGGAUCAUCCCACUCGCUGUCCGUGACGUCUUUGACACCGCCGCUGAGGCUGUGGACCGUGAGUUCCUGAUAAGGGUCUCGUACAUGGAGAUUUACAACGAGGAGAUCAAUGACCUCUUGGCACUUGGGAGCGAGAAAUUGUUGAUUCAUGAGAACCUGGAGCGUGGAGUGUAUGUGUCUGGCCUGCGGGAAGAGAUUGUUAACAAUGCUGAACAGGUGCUAAAGCUUCUUGAGCUUGGCGAAGCAAAUAGGCAUUUCGGAGAAACAAACAUGAACAUACGGAGCAGCCGGUCCCACACUAUUUUUAGGAUGGUCAUUGAAAGCAGUGCUAAGGACCAGAUGAACUCUGGAGAUGCAAUCCGUGUAUCUGUCUUGAACUUGGUAGAUUUAGCUGGAUCAGAAAGAAUCGCCAAGACAGGAGCUGAUGGUGUGAGGCUCAAGGAAGGGAAGCAUAUUAACAAAAGUUUGAUGAUUCUUGGAAAUGUGAUCAAUAAGUUGAGUGAGAAUGGAAAGCAACGAGGGCACAUCCCCUAUCGUGAUAGUAAGUUGACUCGCAUUCUCCAACCUGCACUUGGAGGCAAUGCAAAGACAUCAAUCAUUUGCACUGCUGCACCUGAAGAGAUUCAUAUUGAGGAAACUAGAGGAACUCUUCAAUUUGCAAGUAGAGCAAAAUGUGUCAGCAAUUGUGCCCAAGUAAAUGAGAUUCUAACAGAUGCUGCUCUGCUGAAGAGGCAAAAGCUGGAAAUAGAAGAACUACGCAAAAAGCUGCAGGGUUCCCAUUCUGAAGUCUUGGAGCAGGUUAUCCUAAAGCAACGCAAUGACAUGCAUAAGUCUGAACUCGAGCGUGAUCGACUGGCAAAUGAACUUGAAGAGGAAAGGAGGUUAAGGGAGACUCUAGAGCACCGUUUGGCGGAGCAACAAAAAAUGUUAGAACACCACAACAUUACCAGCAUAUCAGCAGAUCAGUUUACUGAUUCUAGCCAGCUAGAUGCACUGAAAACACCAGAAUCUAAGCAUAUGCCAGAUGGAUUUGUUGCCAACCGCUCACACUAUUCAAAGGAUGUGGAGUUCAGCCCAGUACCUGAAAAUUUAGGCACUGUUGCUGGCGAGGACCUCUGGAUGCAGCUGAACAAAGGGUGCAUUACUGAUCUUGAGAUGCUUGAGAUGACACCUGGUUUCAAAUGCGCGCCAUCCUUGAUAGAAGAUACAAUAGCAGCUGCACCACUGGACGAGUCUAUUGACACGAGAUGCCAAAGGUUGGAAAAGGACUGCACCUUCAAUCGGCAGCAGCUUGAGGACAGGUGUGCGGCACUCGAGAAGGAGCGGGAACUACUCAAGGAGGAGAACUCGUCAUUGCUACAAGAGCUCUCCAAGUCGAAGCAGGACGCCAAUCAUCUUGUUGCUGAAAAGGAGGAGCUGCUGAAGGAUCUGGAGGCUGAGAGGUGCAGGAUGGAUGAGCUGAAGCAGGAUAUUAGGAUGUUCAGCCAGGCCUUCGCGCAAAGGCAAGGGCAGCUGGCGUCCCUACACACCAAAUCGAAGGCCAUUGUGGACAACUUCAAGGCCUCUCAGGUCGCAUUGCCUUUAGAUCAAGCGUAAGUCUCUGCACAUCUGCAACCCUGCUCAAUUGCGGAUUUGUUUAUGUGCUUGUAAUACGUGUGUGCGUCUGUUAUACGGGUGUUGGAUUUGUUCUCUGUAAGAUUCAGUUUCUGUUGGAAAGUGUGGCUUGGGAAAAGACAUUAAUUAUAUAUUUCACUAGCGUUCCGAAGGUGUCAAGUGUAGUUGACAUUGUGAGCGCGUUAGGUUAAUUUAUGGUAGAAACAAGAUUGUAUUGAGCAUGUCUUUGUGGAAAGGUAUCAAUUUUUGUUUAUCUUUCUUCA